CAAGAUUGCUGCACUUGGAUGGAUGAACAUCUAACRGGCACCGGAGACCAAAAGUCAAGUUGUAGCCAUUCGACUCGAGCAAGGAAGGAAGGAAGAGGCUGGCUGACUUUUUAGAAUACACAAUGAAGAAAGCACUCGUCUUUUUUAUUCUGUAUUCUCUAGUGGUUGCAAUUUAUAGUAAAUUGACAGAAAAAUGUUGGAGUCACUCCGAUUGUGAUKUACGGGAAUGCUGUGCUGGCAGGUCAUGGAAAAAAGCUGGGGCAUGYGCACAUCAACCUCAGAUAGGUCACAAGUGCCAUCCAUGGUUGCACCCGUCGACGAAAACACACUGCCCUUGUACUCGCGGAACAACGUGCACUGAAUACUACGAUAAGAAUUUUGGUCGAAUGAAGUUUAAAUGCAUGAAAUUUGUGCCUCACGAAAUCGAGAUCGAGGUGAACUCACCUCAAGAUUAAUGUUCACUAGUAAUGUAAUUGCAAUAUUAGCUAAUAAAUUCUCUGUAGGAUUUGUCUUUGAAA